AUGGGCUUCGCCCUGAGGAUGAAGCGAAUCCUGCUGGGAUUCGCUUCGACCUGCGUGCGAUUUCAAGACGACUAUAUCGCAGAUGGUGGAGAUUUGGAGGUUCAGAAGAGCAACAAGGGUUUUUCAGGUUCCAACAUCUCCUACGACGAUCUUUUUGAGGAUUGGGCUUCUUGCAGUCUCCCUGCUGGCUGCUCUCUUCUGAGCGGUUUCGGCCAGUACUUCACAAUCCCUGCAAACCCCAGCCCUGUUGAGCGUCUCACCACCUGCCAGGACUACGUUGUGAUCGACAUUGCAAGCUCUGGUGACGAGGGCACUUGA